AGUAGGCGGAGAAAGCAGAGGAGGACCGGCAGGCCAAGCUUUCCUAGCCUGACGGCAGCCAUUUCGGAACGUACCUCCCAGCCCUCUUUAGCUACUUAGCGCCUCCGGGCCUGGGAACACCUGCUCCUUGGCUCAGUCUGGCGCCACCGGCAUCACGGAACUGUACUUCCCAGAGACGUCACACCGGGAGACUUCCGGUUCCCGCUCUUGGGACUGGACUCUCACGUGCAGGAGCCAGUCCUCGCUGGGCUCUAGCGGGCUUCUGAUGGAGGAGCUACUCCUCUGGGAGGACAGAAAUUAGCAGCAGCCUCUGUCACCAUCCAAAGAUCACAACCCAUGAAACCAUUGAGUUUGUGCCUUGUAUCAGAAAGCAAAGGAGAAUGAAAAAGCACAGCUAACAUUGCUUGAGGAUCUAGGCGAUUAAUUCUUUAGACUGUCAUCAUGGGUAUCCGAGGACUGAUGAGUUUUGUGGAAGAUCAUAGUAAUGAGUUCUUCACUGAUUUGAAGUUGCGGGACACAAAAAUUGUCAUUGAUGGUUAUGCUCUUUUCCACCGUCUUUGCUUCAGUUCAAACUUGGAUCUCCGGUAUGGAGGGGACUAUGAUUCUUUUGCAGAUGUUGUACAAAAAUUCUUUGAAUCACUGUUUGCUUGUAAUAUAUGCCCAUAUGUUGUAUUAGAUGGAGGAUGUGACAUUUCAGAUAAAAAGCUUACAACUUUAAAGGAUAGAGCUAGAGAGAAGAUCCAGAUGGCCCAUUCCCUUUCUGUUGGUGGGAGUGGGUAUGUAUGUCCCUUACUCAUCCGGGAAGUAUUCAUACAGGUUUUGAUCAAGCUGCGGGUAUGUUUUGUCCAGUGCUUUUCAGAAGCAGAUCGGGACAUUAUGACACUUGCUAACCAUUGGAAUUGCCCUGUGUUAUCGUCAGAUAGUGACUUUUGCAUUUUUGACCUGAAAACUGGGUUUUGCCCAUUGAAUAGCUUUCAGUGGAGAAAUAUGAACACUAUUAAGGGCACACAAAACUAUAUCCCUGCCAAAUGCUUUUCCCUUGAUGCAUUCUGCCAUCACUUCAGCAAUAUGAAUAAAGCUCUACUACCUCUCUUUGCGGUGCUAUGUGGAAAUGACCAUGUUAAUCUACCCAUCAUGGAGACAUUCUUAAGUAAAGCACGUCUUCCUCUUGGAGCUACCAGUUCUAAAGGGAGGAGACACCACCGAAUCCUGGGACUUCUGAAUUGGUUGUCUCAUUUUGCCAACCCUACCGAAGCACUAGAUAAUGUUCUGAAAUACCUCCCAAAAAAGGAUCGAGAAAAUGUUAAGGAACUUCUCUGCUGUUCCAUGGAAGAAUACCAACAGUCCCAGGUGAAGCUACAGGACUUCUUCCAGUGUGGUACUUAUGUCUGUCCAGAUGCCUUGAAUCUUGGUUUACCAGAAUGGGUAUUAGUGGCUUUAGCUAAAGGCCAGCUAUCGCCUUUCAUCAGUGAUGCUUUGGUCCUAAGACGGACCAUUCUUCCCACACAGGUGGAAAACAUGCAGCAACCAAAUGCCCACAGAAUAUCUCAGCCCAUCAGGCAAAUCAUCUAUGGGCUUCUUUUAAAUGCCUCACCACAUCUGGACAAGACAUCCUGGAAUGCAUUGCCUCCUCAGCCUCUAGCUUUCAGUGAAGUGGAAAGGAUUAAUAAAAAUAUCAGAACCUCAAUCGUUGAUGCAGUAGAACUGGCCAAGGAUCAUUCUGACUUAAGCAGAUUGACUGAGCUCUCCUUGAGGAGGCGGCAGAUGCUUCUGUUAGAAACCCUGAAGGUGAAACACACCAUUCUGGAGCCAAUCCCUACUUCACUGAAGUUGCCCAUUGCUGUCAGUUGCUACUGGUUGCAGCACACCGAGACCAAAGCAAAGCUACAUCAUCUACAAUCCUUACUGCUCACAAUGCUAGUGGGGCCCUUGAUUGCCAUAAUCAACAGCCCUGGAAAUGUGGACCCUGUACCCAGGCAGGCUCAGUGUCUUGCUCCUCGCUAGUUGGUAAAAGGUAAGGAAGAGCUGCAGGAAGAUGGUGCUAAGAUGUUGUAUGCAGAGUUCCAAAGAGUGAAGGCGCAGACACGGCUGGGCACAAGACUGGACUUAGACACAGC